AAGAGAAGAGAAGAGAAGAGAAGAAAGUGCUGCAGCAGUCACCGUCACCAUGAAGAUGCUGAUUGUGUCUGCACUUGUUUGUGCCAUGAUGGUUCUGACCAGAGCUGCUGCUCCUCCAGAGGAAACUCCUCCAGAGAAAACAACUCCUCCAGAGGAAACUCCCCAAAAUGAAGCAGAGAGUCACCUGGUCAAGAGGUGGUUCGUGCCAUCGCUCUUCAAAAAGUUGAUAGCGAUAAAAAAGCUGUUCAUCAAAAAGUUGUUCGGGCUAAAAAAGUCAUUCGUGCCAGUCAAGUGGUGCGUGGGACGAGGAGCUUGUCCCUGGGGCUGGUCGGAGUGCAAAGGUCAUUGUUACCGUUACGUUUCAACACCUAUGACCUGGGCUAGUGCUGAGAAAAACUGUCAGUCCAUGGGUGGAAACCUUGCGUCUGCUCACAACAUCCGGGAGUACCAUGCCAUUCAGGAUGUGAUUUUCAGAGCCACUCGUUCGACUACACUGACAUGGAUUGGAGGCUGUGAUUUAGAAAGGGAGCAUUACUGGUUCUGGAGUGAUGGCACAUCUUUCAACUACCAGAGAUGGUGUGAUGGAGAGCCUAAUAAUGGUGGUGGUGCAGGGCAGCAUUGUCUGCAGAUGAAUUACUCAGCUGACAAGUGCUGGGAUGACCUCCAGUGCACCCGCCAGUUACCGUCUGUCUGUGCCAGAAAGAGAUGAUGAUUCCAGGUCUGACACAGAGACAUGAAGAACCCAUUAAAAGCACAAACACUUGUGUUGUGCGCAUGCUUUCAUAUACAUCUUUCUUCACACCCUCAGUCUCACAUGUGAGCUGAGUUUGUCUUUGCUAUCGCUGUAACGCUACUGAAGGAAUGAAGCGACAAGUGACAUAAACAGGAGCUGGACUGUCUCUGAGGCCUUGUGCCUUUAAUGAGAGCAGACUGAAUGUGUUAUGAAAAGAAUGCUUUUAGCACAAAUCUACAUAUAUUCUGCAAAGUAAACUCUUCUUUCUUGUCUUAUGCAAAAUUAAAGGCUCAAGCAUCCAAACAAA